GCUCGUCUCGCUGGAGGAAGGAGCUGGGAAGGGGGAACGGAAAAGGGGCGGAGGGAGGCGAGUAGCCAAGAACCAGGGCCAGGCGGUCGCCCAGGUUAAACCGUGUGGCCUCCGGAGCUGUUUGGAGCCGGCGCUCGGGGUACCAUUCAGGAGACCUAGGACAGCGGAUACCCCGAGACAGACUGAGCACUCAGGACGUGGGGACAGGAGGAUGCACAGAUCAGGAUCAUCCUCAACUACAGAGCAAGUUCGAGACCAGCCUGGGCUUCCUAAAAUCGAGAUCAUUAGAGCUGGGGCUGGCAGAUUUGUACGAGUUUACCACAAACAUCAAGUUCUUUCUGCCUAGCCGGGCGGUGGUGGCUCAUGCCUUUAAUCCCAGCACUUUGGAGGCAGAGGCAGGCGGAUUUCUGAGUUCGAGGCCAGCCUGGUCUACAGAGCCCCGCCCCCCACGCCAUGCCUUGGCCGCGCAACGUGAGCCUCCUCGUGGCCUUGGCCGCCUUGCUGGUGCUGCUGAUGCUCCUGACCCCCGAGUCCCCGUCCAGCUGCCCCACCCCGACUCCCGAGAGGCCCACGGAGCCUGAGGACGACCCCGCGUGGGCCCCGGCCUCCCCGCGAGCGCACCCCGCCCCGUGCCGGGCCAAUCUGUCGGUGUCCGCGCACCCCGACUUCGCGGGGCUGCCCCCGCACGUGCGCGACUUCCUGCUCUACCGCCACUGCCGCGACUUCGCCGUGCUGCAGGAGCCGCGGGCGAACAAGUGCGCGCGGCCCGUGUUCCUGCUGCUCGCCAUCAAGUCCUCGCCUGCAAACUACGGGCGCCGCCAGGUGCUGCGCACGACGUGGGCGCGCGAGAGACGGGUGCGUGGGGCGCCGCUGCGCCGCCUCUUCCUCGUGGGCUCAGACCGCGACCCACAGCAGGCGCGCAAAUUCAACCGACUGCUGGAGCUGGAAGCGCAGACCUACGGCGACAUUCUUCAGUGGGAUUUCCAUGACUCCUUCUUUAACCUGACGCUUAAGCAGGUCCUUUUCCUGGAGUGGCAGCGAACCCACUGUUCCAAGGCCAGCUUCGUGCUCAACGGGGACGACGACGUGUUCGCGCACACGGACAACAUGGUCACCUACCUGCAGGACCACGACCCGGACCAACACCUUUUCGUGGGGCACCUGAUCCAGAACGUGGGUCCCAUCCGGGUGCCCUGGAGCAAGUACUUCAUCCCCGCGCUGGUGAUGGCCGAGGACAGAUACCCACCCUACUGUGGUGGCGGCGGCUUCCUGCUGUCGCGCUUUACCAUGGCCUCGAUACUUCGCGCCGCGCGCGUCCUCCUCAUCUUCCCCAUCGACGACGUGUUCCUGGGCAUGUGUCUGCAGCAGCAGGGGCUGGCGCCCGGGUCACACAACGGAGUGCGCACGGCGGGGGUGUACCCCCCUAGCCCACGUGUGUCAUCCUUCGACCCCUGCUUCUACCGGGACCUGCUCCUCGUGCACCGCUUCCUGCCCUUCGAGAUGCUGCUGAUGUGGGAUGCGCUGAGCCAGCCCCAGCUCACCUGUGGCAAACAGGGCCCCGUCUACUGACAGGUUAAUGGGAGUUGACACCCACUGGCUCCUGUCCUAAUCCCUGUGCAAAGGACUGGCUUCAAGGAGAGGUUCAAAGUGAGGAGCAGCAAGGUGGCUCCGAGGAGUUAAGAGGGCAAACUCCUAAGUAUGCUUGGAAACCCUCCUGGGUCUGCUCACAGCAGGCACUCUGAAUCGAGCCAAACGUUGAGUGGCUCUGAAUGGCUGCUAAGCAAGAAGUGCUGUGGGCAGAGCCCAUGGGUGUCAGGCUCCAGCCUCAGACUGGUCCUUGGCCUCUCUCAGGCCCCCAAGGAACUGGGGCAGAGGAACAAGGUGGAUUUCAAGCUGAGGAGCUCAGAGAUCUUGACUUGACCCCUACUAGUGUCCUCUAAGAACUUGGAGAACCGCAGGGGCAGGAGGGGUCCUGUGUCCCUGUGUCCCGCAGAUGGGAACGGCAGGAAAUAAAGUCCAUAGAAGGCUGAA